AUGAAGUUCUCACUCAUCAUCCCGGCCAUGGCCGCCAUCUCCUCCGUCCUCGCCCUCCCCACCGGUACCUUCGGCGGCAGUGCCAACGCCGGCGUCAGCGCCGGCCUCGGUGGCAUCACCGGCGGUGCCUCCGGCCAAGUCGGCGGCCAAUUCACGAUCCCCAGCGCCAUCAACUUCGGCGCCGGCAUCACCGUCGAAGCCUGCGAGGCGUCCAUCCAAGCAUGGCUCCAGGCCAAGGGUCUCUGCGAGGUCGACGGCUCCAUCGGCGCCAAGGCCCAGGCAUACCUCAACGGCGUGCUCCACGGUCAGACCGGAUUGGAGGGCCUCUUCGGUAUGGCUGCCGGAAUCAACCUGGGCGGCCAGGUCGGCGCCAGCGUUGACCCCAACACCCAGCUCAUCACCAGCGCCAUCCAGGGCCUCCUGAGCGGUACCUUCAAGUUCACCGCUGACAUGUCCGGCGAUCUGUUCAACGCUGCCAUCAAGGGCUGGCUCCAGGCUGCUGGUCUCUGUGAGGCUGACGGUUCCAUCGGCGCCACUGCUGAGGCUUACAUCAACGCUUUCCUUAACGGCGCUACUGCAUUCGAGGGUCUGUUCGGUAUUACGGAGGGUAUCAAGCUUGGAACCGAGAUCGUCGGCCAGGUUGAGGGCAUCGCUUCCGACGUCCUCAAGGGCAACGUCUCCGGUGUCCUCUCCAAGAGCAUCAGCAUUGGCGGUGAGGUCGCAUCUGAGUUCGCAUCUGAAGCCCUCAAGUUCCUCUCCCCCUUCCUCGGUGCCAUUGGUCUCAAGAACUAG